UUCCCGCGCCUGGGUGGAACCGGGAGGGCUGAGUUCCGGUGGCGUGGGCAUCCGUCUGCUGCAGGUUCCUCCGUCCUUCUCCCGGCGUGGAAAUGGUUGUCUUGGUUACGGAUCCUAACGGUUCCUUGCCUGAAAUUCCUUGUUGAGGGUCUGCAACACGAGCUGCUGUCUGCAGACUUCUUCGGCUCCCUAAGUGGCGGCUGUGGUGGCUGCUUCAGCUUUUGAUGUGGAGUAUUUGAAGCUUCCCCUUCCUUUUUCACAUGGGACGAGAAAUCCUCUGUUGCGGCCAAAUUCGGGUUUUAUUCUUCACGCCGCGCGAGUGGGCAGUGCUAGUCCCGACCCUUUGUAUUCCAGGUGAUGUUGCCUGUCUUUGAUCUCACCUUUGCUUACCUCUUCUCUUUGUAAUCGAGAGGAGCGGAUCCAACCAAAGUUCUUACGUUGCCCUCCAUACAUGCACCUUUUUUUGUAAUCAUUCAUUAAGAAGAACUGGUAUCUACAAUACCAAAAUCGAAAUAGAAUUGGAGAAGAAGAGUGAGUCAUAAUUAAAAAUGUCCCGAAAAGUUGCCAAGUCAUCAAAAAAAUUGAACAUCUCUAGCUCUUUGGAAUCUGAAGAUAUUAGUUUAGAAACAACAGUUCCUACAGAUGAUAUUUCCUCAUCAGAAGAGCGAGACGGUAAAAUCAAAAUCACCAGGCAGCUAAUUGAACGGAAGGAACUGCUUCAUAAUAUUCAGUUAUUGAAAAUAGAGCUGUCACAGAAAAAUAUGAUGAUCGACAAUUUGAAAGUGGAUUAUCUUACAAAGAUUGAAGAAUUGGAGGAGAAGCUUAAUGAUGCGCUUCAUCAGAAGCAACUACUAACAUUGAGAUUAGACAGCCAAUUGAAUUUUCAACAAAAGGAUGCCAGAAAAUAUCAAGAACUAAUGAAACAAGAAAUGGAAACUAUUUUAUUGAGACAGAAACAACUAGAAGAGACAAAUCUUCAGCUAAGAGAGAAAGCUGGAGAUAUUCGUCGAAACCUACGUGACUUCGAGUUGACAGAAGAGCAAUAUAUGAAACUAAAAAGUUUUCCUGAAGAUCAACUUUCUAUUCCUGAAUAUGUAUCUAUCCGGUUCUAUGACCUAGUGAAUCCAUUGAGAAAGGAAAUCUCUGAACUGCGACUGAAGAAGAAUGAGCUGUUAGAAGAAUUAAGUGAAAACAAAGGUCAACUGAAACAACUGACUGAGACUUAUGAGGAGGAUCGCAGAAACUACUCUGAGCUUCAAAUUAGAUGUCAACGUUUGGCCUUAGAAUUAGCAGACACAAAACAGUUAAUUCAGCAAGGUGACUACCGUAAAGAAAACUAUGAUAAAGUCAAGAGUGAGCGUGAUGCACUUGAACAGGAAGCAGUUGAAUUAAGGAGAAAACAUGAAAUACUGGAAGCCUCUCACAUAUCUCAAGCUAAAGAAAGAAGUGAAUUAUCAAAAGAGGUAACCACCUUACAGCAGACUGUCACUCUACUGCAAAAGGACAAAGAAUAUCUCAACCGCCAAAACAUGGAGCUCAGUGUUCGCUGUGCACACGAGGAGGAUCGUCUUGAAAGACUUCAGGCUCAACUUGAAGAAACCAAAAAGGCUAGAGAAGAGAUGUAUGAAAAAUAUGUAACGUCCAGAGACCAUUAUAAAACAGAAUAUGAAAAUAAACUACGUGACGAACUGGAGCAAAUCAGAUUGAAAACUAAUCAAGAAAUUGAUCAACUUCGAAGUGCCUCUAGGGAAAUGUAUGAACGAGAAAACAGGAGCCUCCGAGAAGCAAGGGAUAAUGCUUUGGCUGAAAAGGACCGAGCAGUGAUGGCUGAAAAGGAUGCUCUAGAAAAACAUGAUCAGCUGUUAGACAGGUACAGAGAACUACAACUUAGUACAGAAAGCAAAGUAACGGAAUUUCUCCAUCAAAGUAAAUUAAAAUCUUUUGAAAGUGAGCGUGCUCAGCUUAUACAAGAGGAAACUGCAAGGAAUCUCACACAGUGUCAGUUGGAAUGUGAAAAAUAUCAGAAAAAAUUGGAGGUUUUAACUAAAGAAUUUUAUGGUCUCCAGUCCUCUUCUGAAAAACGCAUUACUGAACUUCAAGCACAGAACUCUGAACAUCAGGCAAGGCUAGACAUUUAUGAGAAACUGGAAAAAGAGCUUGAUGAAAUAAUAAUGCAAACUGCAGAAAUUGAAAAUGAAGAUGAGGCCGAAAGGAUUCUUUUUUCCUAUGGCUAUGGUGCUAAUGUUCCCACAACAGCUAAAAGACGACUAAAGCAAAGUGUCCACUUGGCAAGAAGAGUGCUUCAGUUAGAAAAACAAAACUCAUUGGUUUUAAGAGACCUGGAACAUCAAAAGAACCAAGUGACACAGCUUUCACAAGAGCUUGACAGGGCCAAUUCUCUGUUAAACCAGACUCAGCAACCUUACAGGUACCUCAUUGAAUCAGUGCGUCAGAGAGACUCUAAGAUUGAUUCCCUGAAGGAGUGUAUUACGCAACUUGAGAAAGAUGUCAGCAAUUUAAAUAAAGAGAAGUCCGCUUUACAACAGAUGAAGAAUCAGAUGGCCUUAGAUUUGGAACAACUUCUAAAUCAUCGUGAGGAAUUGGCAGCAAUGAAACAGAUUCUCACAAAUAUGCGUAGUAAGCGGAAGGAGAACAAGUUACUUUUUACUAAAAUGGAAUCCAAAAAUGUGACAGAAAAUCAGAAAUCAAAGACUUCGAAUGUGCCUAGAGAACAUGAAGACAAUAUAUUUAUACCCAAACCAACAGUCUUUGUUCAAUUCCCAGUCCGGAGCAGUUGGUUAGGAAUCCAGUGUUGCCGCAGCUGUGGUGUGGGUUGCAGAUGCAGCUGGGAUUCCACGCUUGGCCCCAGAACUUCCAUGUGCCAUGGAUAUAGCUGAAAUAGGGAAAAAAUAAUAAUAAAAGGUAAAAUCGAGUGGACUACCUUAAAGGAAAUACAAACUGCUGUGGAAAUUCAAAGAAAGAAGAGAUUAUAUGAUGUUGAUGGGCUCCAGGGAAAAGAAUAUUUGAGGAUGGCCUUGAAGAAUGUCCAGGAUUUACAUUGUGAAUUAACUAUACUUUCAAUUUUUUCACAAAAGAGUUACCUUGUCAUUCAGCAGGUUAGGGGUCUGGUGUUGUCACUGCUUUGUCUGGUUACAGCUGUGGUGCAGGUUCAAUCCCUGGCCCAGGAGCUUAAAGAAUGUCCAGGAUUUAAUAGGUGACAGUACAGGUUAAACAGAAAUUCCAAGGGCAGGGAGUGUAAUAUUCACAAUAUAUUUUCUAAUUUGUGCUCAUUUUCAUUAUUCAGAAAUAGAAUGUUUAAUAAUAUAGACUUUAUUCCUCUCUUACUGCAUUCUUAAGUCUGACUUUAGUCAUUUCACCACUUUUUAAAAAAUUUUAUUGGUGCAUAGUUGACUUACAGUGUUGUAUUAGUUCAGAUGUACAGCAAAGUGAAUCAAUUUUACUACUCUUAUCUCCCUUAUAGGUAUUACAAACUAUUGAGGUAGGUAAUUUGUAAUACCUCCUGGAAGUUCCCGGGCCAGUGAUCAAACUCAUGCCACAGCAGCAACCCAAGCUACUCCAGUGACAAUGCCCAACCCUUAACCCACUGUGCCACAGGAAAACUCCAUUUCAUUCUUUAUAGCUGAAUAGUAUUCCAUUGUCUAGUGUAUCACAUUUUACCACUUAUUAACACUUCUCCUUAGGACAAAAGAAAAAUGCAAGUAGACAGGAUAUACCUAGAGUUGUCAGAUCCAAAGAGGCAGAAAGUAGAAUGUUGGUUUCCAGGAACCAGGGGCAGUGGGCAGUUACUGCUUUAAUGUGUGCAGAGUUUCAGUUACACAAGAUGGAAAAAUUUCUGUGGAUGGGUGGUGGUGAUGGUCGCUCAGCUGUGUAAACAUACCUAAUGCCACUGAGAACACUUAAAAAUGGUUAAGAUGAUAAAUUUUAUAUUGUGUGUAUUUUACCAAUUUUUUUUUUAAUUAGGUUAAAAAAGAGAGAGAGUUUCCAUUGUGGCUCUGCAGUAAUGAACCCAACUAGUAUCCAUGAGGAUGUGGGUUCAAUUCCUGGCCUCGCUUAGUAGGCUAAGGAUCUGGCGUUGCAGUGAGUUGUGGUGAAGGUCACAGACGCAGCUUGGAUCCUGUGUUGCUCAGCUGUGGUGGAGGCCAGCAGCUGCAGCUCCAAUUCGACGCCUAGCCUGGGAACUUCCAUAUGCCACAGGU